UAUAUAGUGUGUAAAAUCUCAGGAGUCUUCCUCUUCUUAAACCCUAGGGCGAACCCUCCUCCGCGCCUACAUUUGAGCUUUUCAGGAGGUUGAAUAAGAAAGAGUUACUAUGUAUCUUCAGUUCUACAUCAACGAGAAUGGUGAUAAAGUCUACACCACCAAGAAAGAAUCACCACUGGGGCUUGCUACGCAAUCUGCCCACCCUGCCCGCUUCUCCCCUGAUGACAAGUAUUCAAGGCAAAGAUAUCUUCUGAAGAAGCGCUUUGGAUUGUUGCCAACCCAGCAGUCUCCUCUCAAAUACUGAAGAUUUCAUAGGGGGCGGUCAGCUGCAUUCAUGUCUUCUAUAUGGUGUUUCCACCAGUCUGAAAAGUCUUCCUUUGGAACUGGAACUGUCUAUGACUUGAUAGGAAUGUUAUCUUGUUGAACAUUUGCUUUUGGGACUGUAAUGUAGUAGUAGCACAGAUCGUUAUAGACUGCUUAUUGUUAUCUUAAGCGUACUUGAUUUCUAUAAAUACUUUUUGAAAA